UAACUAAUAAUAAUAGCGAAGACUAUUUCGGACGGCCACAACAUAUAGAAAAUUUUUGUGCUUCCACUUUCCCUAAUUGUAUCAUUUGAUACUUUCUCUUUUUUUUUUUCUCCUUCAGAUGCCUUUGAUACACCAUGUUUAUGUAAACUUACAUAAACCCCUUGCGUAACUUUUUUUAUCUAUCUCUACUUUUCUUCUUUAUAAGAGAGAAUCUAGGGUUUUUGGCCUUCUUAUUUCUUUUAACUUUUUUGGUUUCUUGAGGAAGUUUUUGAAGAAAUGGGAAGGGGAAGGGUUCAGUUAAGGCGGAUCGAGAAUAAGAUAAGGAGACAAGUGACAUUUUCAAAGCGAAGAACGGGUUUGGUGAAGAAAGUUCAAGAGAUCUCAGUGUUAUGUGAUGCUGAUGUUGCUUUGAUUGUCUUCUCCCCAAAAGGCAAGCUCUUUGAGUACUCUGCUGGUUCCAGCAUGGAAAGCAUUCUUGAUCGAUAUGAGAGAUGUUCAUUCGCCAGUCAAAAUAUUCCUACACCAAGUUUGGAUUCACAGGGUGAGUGCUCAACAGAAUGUUCGAAGCUCUUGAGGAUGAUUGAUGCUAUGCAAAGAAGCUUAAGGCACUUAAAAGGAGAAGAGGUAGAUGCUCUAAGUAUCAGAGAGCUCCAGGGUCUGGAAGUGCAACUUGAUAUCCUGAAGAGAACUCGCUCAAGAAAGAACCAGCUCAUGGUAGAGUCCAUAGCGCAGCUCCAGAAAAAGGAGAAGGAACUCAAAGAACUGAAGAAACAGCUAACAAAGAAGGUUGAUCAAAGAGAAGACAUUGAGACUCAAAACCUCAGCCAAGGGUUAGCCCCAUUGGCAACGCCACCAUGUGAGCCACCGCACCCGUUGCCCGGACCUAUAUCUCCAAAUCCUCCUUUACCUCUUAGGAACAUCUCGCAAAGGAAUGAAGUUGGAGAAGUAGAUGGUGGAACUCUAAUAAUUCGACCAACGAAUACAACAUUGCCGCAUUGGAUGCCCCGGCUCACUGGAGAAUAGAGGUCGAAAGGCCAUCUUGGUUUGUUAUAAUUUCUCUGUUUAAUUAAUAGAACCAAACCUAUCAGGAAAUAUUUUCGGUUCUGGCAUUGUAAUAACCAGCAUAAGUAAGAUGUCCUAAAGUUUGAAACUUCGAAACGAAUUUAUUAAAAUUGUAUCUCGAAUGUGAUUUUGUAUAUUUUAUUUAAUGAUUGUAGCUUA